AUGCAGCAGCUGCACAACAUGGGUCGCAACGGCCCACCGCCGCCACCAUCCCACGGUCCACCUCCACUAUCGAACCAGCACCAACAGCACCAACAACAACCGCAGCUGCAACAGCCGCCACAGCAACAGGCCGGUCCAGCAGCGGGCGUCGUCGUCCGACCGGGCGAAGAACCGCGUAUCCGGGAGGUCUGGGCCAACAACCUCGAGGAGGAAAUGGCGCACAUUCGAGCUAGUAUCGAAAAGUACCCGUAUGUCGCGAUGGUGAGCCCUCCCUCUCCCUCGUCCGCGCUGAGUCGGCUCGACUGCAACUGCAACUGCAACUGACCGCGUGACCCCCCCCCCACUGCACUGCGAUGCUGUGACGCUCCGACCAGGAUACCGAGUUCCCAGGUGUGGUCGCUCGACCCAUCGGUUCCUUCCGUGGCUCGUCCGACUACCACUACCAAACGCUGCGGUGCAACGUCGACCUGUUGCGCAUCAUCCAGCUCGGAUUGACCCUCGCCGAGCAGAAUGGCGAGCUCGCUCCCGGGGUGUGCACGUGGCAGUUCAACUUCAAGUUCAACAUAAAGUAGCUCAUCGCAUCAUCGACAGAGAAGGCGCAUGUAGCAUGGGCAUGGAGCGUCGACUUUGCUAACUGACGUUCCUCCGCUCGCGCUCCCCCCGUCCCCGUCCGUGUGUUCCUCCUUUCACAGUGACGACAUGUUCGCCCCCGAAUCGAUCGAACUACUCGUCAAAUCAGGCAUCAACUUUAAACGCAACGAAGAGUACGGCAUCGACGUCGAGCACUUUGGCGAACUGCUCAUCUCCUCCGGACUCGUCUUGCUCGAGGACGUGCAAUGGGUGUCGUUCCAUAGGUCAGCACACUUUUUCACGGUGCACAGAGAACUGAGUGACACUGGGCUGAUGACUGUUGUAUGCAUUAUCUCAGCGGCUACGACUUUGGCUACCUCCUCAAGAUCGUAUCCUGCGCUCCCUUACCGCCUACAGAAGCCGAGUUCUUUGACUUGUUACGCAUCUGGUUCCCGUGUAUUUGGGACAUCAAGGUGCGCUCAUCCGGAGAUGAGAAAAGCGGAACCUCUCGGUGGUGGGACUGACUCGCGGUGUUUCCGGCGGGCGAAAACAGUAUUUGAUGAAGAGUUGCAAGUCGCUCAAGGGGGGUUUGCAGGAAGUGGCCGAUGACCUCCAGGUUCGUAAACACCCAUCUUGAUGCUGGCAAAGCCCAGAAUCUGAUCCCGUCAAACCAUACCCGGUACCUCAGGUCCCGCGGGUAGGACCCCAACACCAAGCGGGGUCGGACUCGCUCCUGACCGCCGCGACGUUUUUCAAAAUGCGCGGCAAGUUCUUUGACGACGCGCUCGACAACAAGUUCAUGGUCAGUCCAAAAAGGCCCCCAUUCACCCAAAACCAAAACCCGCCCCAUCUAAGCAUACCCUCCCUCCCCAACAGGGCGUGCUCUACGGCCUCAACUCGUCCUCAACCGAACGCAACCCCGCCCAUCCGAGAGAACACAACGGUGCCGUCCAUUACCCGCAUCCAGCUCAAACGCAACCCCCCGCCUCUGUACCACCACAGAAUGUGACCCCGUUGGCGGCGGCAACGUCCGCGGCGAUUGCGAUCAUGAGCCCGAGUCGGAAUAAUACGGGGCGGUAA